AGGACACGCCUGCCACCUUCCCUUCCCCGCUGCCCAGCGCUCGUUCCCGUGAGCAACCCGGCUUCUUUUGCUGCUUUUCUCGCUGCAGUCGCAGCCCGUGUUGUUUUUCUCGCGGCGAAUGAACCCCGGGGAGCCAGAGCUUUUGGGACGCGGUUCCCCCGCUGACACUCUCCCCACACGCCUGCGCCCGGGCCGCGCUGCGGACGCGUCCCGGCAGGAGGAGGAGGAGGAGGAGCCGCGGCCGGGCCCGUGCUGCCGGCGGCCGAUGGCGGCGGGCGGCAGGGUCGGGCUGCUGCCCUUCCUGCGGCUGCUUGGGCAGCUCAAGAGAGUACCGCGGACGGGAUGGGUGUACAGGAACGUGGCAAAGCCAGAGAGCGUCUCCGACCAUAUGUACAGGAUGGCGAUGAUGGCUUUGGUGACUGAAGACAAAAGCCUUAACAAGGACAGAUGCAUACGAUUAGCUUUGGUUCAUGAUAUGGCUGAAUGCAUUGUUGGAGAUAUUGCUCCUGCAGAUAAUAUCCCAAAAGAGGAGAAACACAGGAGAGAAGAGACGGCUAUGCAACAACUGACCCACCUUCUAUCAGAGAACCUCAGAAAAGAGAUCUAUGAGCUCUGGGAAGAAUAUGAAAACCAGUCUACUGCAGAGGCCAAGUUUGUAAAGCAGUUGGAUCAGUGUGAGAUGGUACUGCAAGCAUUUGAGUAUGAAGAGUUGGAAAAGACACCUGGCAGACUGCAGGAUUUUUUUGAUUCAACUGCUGGGAAGUUUGUUCACCCAGAAAUACUCCAGCUUGUAUCUCUGAUUAACACAGAAAGGAAAAAAAGAAUAGCUGCCACAUCUCAUCCACAUUCCUGAGGUGUUCUUAAAUGCUGUAGCCAUAAUAAAUACUUUGGUUUAUA